AUGUCAACAACUCAGUCGACGCCAAACGUCGGUUUUAGUACGUGUUGUAGGUCUGAAUCUGAAUCUGUCACAGAUUAGUCUGAAUUUUGAACGGAAUGUUACAAUUCAUCUGGAUACCUUCUGUGAUUCUUGUGGGGAUUUUCAUCCUUGCACUUUGCUUCUACUUCUACUCUGAGUAUGACUGCUGCAUCUGCAAGAGAAGGACUGCUCAGUUCCAUCACGUCUCUGAUGAUGUUGAUUUGGAAGCAGCAGUUGCCCUUAAAGAUGGACAUCACUUUGAGCCGGUACAGCCAACAGCACCACCUUCCAUCCCUUCUCCAUCUGAUAUAUUUCACUUCAAACAUGCAGACCUCACUUCCAGCGAUCUAUUUUCUUUUGAAGAUGGCAUACCAACAUUAGAUCUGCACCGAUUAGCUGUAAAUGAGGCGAGAGAAAUCACACGGAACUUCCUGCGUGCCCACAGCAGCACUGGAACCAUGGUUGGUGGCGCCUCUGUGCUGCCUAGAGUUCAUGGUGCGCACCAUACCAGCAACUCCCAAACUUCAGCAAAAAUGGUGAAAAUAGUCACUGGUAGAGGAAUGCACAGUAAUCAAGGAGUCUCAGCACUCAAACCAAUGGUUCUGAACAUCCUGCAACAGAGAAACCUCAAGCAUGAGAUAUCCAGCAAGGGUGGAGCAAUUCUGGUUCAUUUAUAGUUCUCAUCAACACUUCUCAUUAGCAUCAUUAUCAAACAGAAGUACAGUUCCUUAGCACAGAAAUCUAGAGCAUGAAAUCUUGCAUAAAAGUAAAAUUAAUUAUAAAUAUUUAUUUCCAUCAUUUUAUCAUUAAUUUGACCUAUAUCUGCACAACCUUGAACUUGCAAUAUACCCAAACUGUUGAGCAUUCUUUUCUUGUUCAUUACUUUGUUCAUCAUGUAUUUUCAGUUACAAAUUCUUGCUCAGAAAUUUUGUUUGAACAAGACAAGGAGCUGAGAUUUUUUCCUCAGUUUUGGAUUAAAAUACUCAAUUGUUCUUCAUGGAAUCGUCUCUCAUAUUUAUUGAGAUUAAAUUGUUGAUCCACUUACUAUACGCCAUAUUAACUUGUGCUGGUUCAACUUAUAGUUGAUUUUAAAUUUGAUGCAAGGAUGUCUGAAUUGCCAAAAUGGUGCUCUCUGGUUGGGGGAUAAAGGGUAUAUAUGUGUUAAGAGAACCUUGAUUGUAAAUAGCCUCUGAUCUUUUGUCUCCUUUUCAUAUUUUUUAUUCAUUUUAUACAAAAAAUAAGUACUUUGGUUCCUCCAUAUGUUAAUUUAGGUAGUUCCUUGAUGGCAUUUCAUACUUACAGUUGAUGACAUUUUUCCUGUAACUGGUAGAAUUGCUGGAAUUAUUUGUGCACAAAAAGGUAUCUACAGAAUUUUUUAUUGUUUGUUGAGCUAUGGAAUGCAAUUACAUUCUUCAUUAUAAAUUCAAGAUUUCUUGAAUCUCAGUUGAUAUUAUUCAGGUUUUACUUCUGGCUCAGGAUACUUUCUUUGAUUUUUAGCGCAUAUUCUAUAAUAUGCCAAAUAUAAUGAAAGUCUUUCUUACAUUUUGACAAAUCUGUCAAAAUGUCAUAAUGGAGAUAUUUAAUUUUGACAAAUCUGUCAAAAUGUCAAAAUCUGUUGCCACACAGUUUUUUUCCUGACAAAUUCCACAUCUAUUUUUUCAAUUGCAAUGGCCCAGCCCA